CCCGGCCCCACCUCCAGCUUCCCCGGGCUAUAAAUCCACCUCGCCCUUCUUCUUCCUCCUCCUCAGCUCAGGCAGCAGCAGAAAGCAACGCCAAUACGCCAUUGCCGUGCUCCUCGACCUGCAUGCACCUCUGUUCUUGGCGUUGAGAUACAUAGAGGCUUGGGGUGGGUGUUUAAGAACUAAGACCGGAGUUAAUUAGCACCCCUGUGGCUACCAUCGAUCUGUCUAAAGAGUGAUUAGAUCGAGAUGACCAUCACCAUUGAGCAGCCUCACCUUGAUGCUAUCGCCGACCGGAAGGUCGCCGGCGGCGGCGGCGGCGACAACGCGGCGGAGCUCGUGCUCGACGGCGGCUUCGUCGUGCCGGACUCCAACGCCUUCGGCAACGCCUUCAGGAAUUAUGAGGCCGAGUCUGAGAGGAAGGAGACGGUGGAGGAGUUCUACCGGGUCAACCACAUCAACCAGACAUAUGAUUUCGUGAGGCGGAUGCGGGAGGAGUACGGUAGGGUGGACAAGACGGAGAUGGGGAUCUGGGAGUGCAUCGAGCUGCUCAACGAGUUCAUCGACGACAGCGACCCGGACCUCGACAUGCCGCAGAUCGAGCACCUCCUCCAGACCGCCGAGGCCAUCCGCAAGGAUUUCCCCGACGAGGACUGGCUCCACCUCACUGGCCUCAUCCACGAUCUGGGCAAGGUGCUGCUGCAUCCCAGCUUUGGGGAGCUCCCACAGUGGUCAGUCGUCGGUGACACCUUCCCCGUCGGCUGCGCAUUCGACGAAUGCAACGUCCACUUCAAGUACUUCAAGGAGAACCCUGACUACCUGAACCCAAAGCUCAACACCAAGUUUGGGGCCUACUCCGAGGGCUGUGGCCUUGACAAUGUUCUCAUGUCCUGGGGCCAUGACGACUACAUGUACCUGGUUGCCAAGGAGAACAAGACCACUCUUCCUUCUGCAGGCUUGUUCAUCAUCAGAUAUCAUUCAUUCUACCCCCUGCACAAGCAUGGAGCCUACAUGCAUCUGAUGAACGAUGAGGACAAGGAGAACCUCAAAUGGCUGCGUGUGUUCAACAAAUACGACCUGUACAGCAAGAGCAAUGAGAGGAUAGACGUUGAGAAGGUGAAGCCCUACUACAUGUCACUCAUCGAAAAGUAUUUCCCGGCCAAGUUGAGAUGGUGAAGAAGAGGGAGAGAACAUAAAAAAAAUUGGUCGAAAUUAUCCUGUAAUAUGAUGUAAUUGCAGGAGUUCAGUUGGCUGUACAAGUAUGUAGUAGUACGUGUACACAUUUUGUAUGUUAAGAGCAGAAUUUGUUGGGAGCCAUGCACGUGGAAUAAAAGUUGCCGGUGAUUGUUCUUUGUAAAUGAGCUCUUGUAGGUGGGAUCUGAACAUGAAAUUGCAUUCGAAAAGAAGGGUUGAAAUUUGCAAA